CGGCCAGAAAAGCCCUGAGGUAUGAGUUCGUGAGUCUCGAGGCGAUUCUUCCGUGAAAAUACGGCAUUGCAUAUCUCUUAUUUCCAUGCCCAGGGGCGGAAUAUAACCACACCAUGACGUCUCAACGAUCCAUGUUUACUGCCAGCCGCACUCAGGCGUUCACAUAUCUACUCGGCGUCUGCCCCUUCUCAAUUGCAUUUCUGGUUUUCAUCAAUUCUUCUAUCUCCUUCGUUGUCACCGACCUAAUAGGUAUCCACGAUGGGGAAGGAGAUGCAGUUGGGACUCUCGGGUUUGCCGAUGAGCUGCUUGCUCUGGCAGCUUGUCCAAUGUGGGGUGUACUCUCAGACCGUAUUGGUGUCCGCCAGGUUUGCACCACUGGCUAUAUCAUUGUUGCUAUCGCAUUGGUCUUGUUUGUCCAAGCUAGCAAUGUUUACCCUCAGCUUCUUCUCGGUAGACUGCUAUUCAGUAUAGGAGGCGCGGCCGUUUCAACGAUGGUUACGGCCGUCUUACCAGUGGUUACCGGGGGAGGACCGAACCCUCGAAUCGAGGGUGAUCAGUUAGAACCAAACACUGACGCUCCCUCAUCAAGACUAGCCGGUUUUGUUGGGAUGUGUACGGGAUGUGGUGCUCUAAUUUCCCUCGUCAUCCUCCUCCCACUACCGGCUCACUUUCAAGAAAUGGGGCUCUCACCAGCGAAGGCUAUCCAGUAUACUUAUUAUACAGCGGCUGUUAUAGCUGUUUUGGUCAGUUUCUGUUGUUCUAUUGGGUUAAGAAACCUCCCUGGAGAAAACGGCAAGUCAUGGACCGCGCUCUGGACGGGUCUACGGUCCAAUGCUCAAACAGCCGAGCCUACCAGGCACUCUUCUCGCACAACAUACAAGGUGCGAUUUCCGUACCUGCACCAACUAAGUUCUGCAAUUUCGUUGGGAUUCCGAAAUCGCGAUAUCUUCAUCGGUUACCUCGGAGGGUUCGUAGCUCGGGCCUCUUCCGUCGGCAUAUCACUAUUUAUCCCCUUAUUUGUGAACAAUUAUUAUCGCAGAUCUGGCCUCUGUGAUGAACAGCCUACUGAGCGGGCCAACCCUGGGGACAUCAAGCGGUCAUGUCCGAAGGCCUAUGUACUCGCCUCAAUCCUGACCGGCGUUUCUCAGCUUAUAGCGCUAAUCGCGGCACCAGCCUUCGGGUAUCUGUCGGAAAAGUCGCGACGAUACCACCUACCACUUUUCAUUGCUUGUCUGGCUGGAGUCGUGGGAUAUUCCGUGCUUGCGGUACUGCCUAGCCCCGAGUUCAAGGGCGAAAAAGGCGGUCCCGAAAUCUUUGUAGUAAUGGCAUUGGUUGGUGUUAGCCAAAUCGGCGCCAUCGUGUGUAGUUUGUCAGUGUUGAGCAACGGUAUCCUGAGCAUGACAUGUUCAGCCGAGGCAACACUAGACGCAGGCAACAGUCAGACUCCGAGCACGGUCCCAGAGUCCGACGAGCAACAGCCUUUGCUGGAAACACCUGUUCAUCGAAAUCAGCAGCCCUCGGAUCUGAAAGGCUCAAUUUCCGGAGUAUAUUCUCUGUUUGGAGGAGCCGGGAUCUUAUUACUCACCAAACUCGGGGGGCUGUUGUUUGACGUUUUAGACUCAAGCGCUCCCUUCUACAUCAUGGCCGGCUUUAACGGAGUUCUGGUGCUUGCCGGUGUUCUUAGCGGUCUAGCCAUCCACUUCAAAGUGAGCCAGUAGCGCGCUAUGGAAAAGUCCACUGUUUGGCCCCAAUCUUCAACUGUGGGACUCGGACGAACUGCGCAGACCCUGAUGAAAUGCCAUCUUCUCUUGUUUGCGUGGCAAUUCAGCGAAGGAUAUUGGUUUACGAGAGUGGCGAAUUCCAUUAUCGCCAGGAAAUCAAUCAAGAUAG